AUGGUGACGGUGGCGGGGGGCGAGGACCAGGAAGCGGUGCCGCGGGUGGUCUCGAUCCUGUCGGCGCUGUUGGAGCGCGUGGCGGAGCGCAACGACGUCGUCGCGGCGGAUGCCAAGAAGACCAAGAAGAAGAAGGCGGUGUCGGCGUUCCAGGGGCUGACGAAGCCGGCCAUCUCCGUCGGCGGGUACCUGGAGCGCAUCUUCCGGUUCGCCGGCUGCAGCCCGUCCUGCUACGUCGUCGCCUACAUCUACCUCGACCGCUUCCUGCGCCGCCGCCCGGCCCUCGCCGUCGACUCCUUCAACGUCCACCGCCUCCUCAUCACCUCCGUCCUCACCGCCGUCAAGUUCGUCGACGACAUAUGCUACAACAACGCCUACUUCGCGAGGGUGGGAGGGAUCAGCCUGAUGGAGAUGAACUACCUGGAGGUGGACUUCCUCUUCGGCGUCGCCUUCGACCUCAACGUCACGCCGGCCACCUUCGCCUCCUACUGCUCCGUGCUGCAGACCGAGAUGGCCUACCUCGAGCACCCGCCGCCGUCACCCAUCGACGCCGUCUCCCCCCGCUUGAUGCAGCACUACUUGCCGGAGCAGGAUCAAGUCGACGCCACCGCUGCCACGAGUUGCCACCGCCACAAGCAGCAGCUGCAGCUCACUGUCUGA